AUGUCUGGCGCACAGGGGGGAGAAGGCGCCGGGCCCAUAGGGGAGGGCGCACCGAGCGCAAACGGGGACCGGGAUUCUGUGGACGAUGUGAUCGAGAGGUUGCUUUCUGUGCGAGAAAACGACCACACAUUACUCGAAAACGAGAGGGAACACCGCCACAUCCGCCAGGCAGCAGCCAUGCAGCUCGGCAAGCUUGUAGCCUGGUGCCGAAAGGCCAUGUAG